AAUUUUCACACCUCCCAAACCUGUCCUUAGUUCCCCACCGCCCCGGCGCCCCGCGACGUCAACUAGCCACUCUCUCCAGUCUCCAUCUCACUGAGUCUCACACACGUGGGCCGUCGCUUCGCUCUCUCUUUCUUCUCCCACCGUCGUCCGUCACCGUCUCUGCCCCUUGCCCUCGGCCACCACAGUCCCCCCCCGCGCGACCUCACUCACUCUCAAUCUAACUGUCAGACCCAUCGCUUCUCUCUCUCUUUCUUCUCCCGCCGUGCGGCUGUCACUGCCCCUAGCCGCGGCCGCCACUGUCCCUCGCCGCCGGUUCAUUCUUCUCCAGGAGUCACCGGCGUCUUCUAGUAUUUUUUUUUUCAAAUCUUAGAUUUUUUUUUUCCUUAGAUCUAUUAUACUCCAGAGUCCAAGCAAAGUAUCAUUCGCUGAUUUUUUUUUUUUUCCCUGUAUUUCCAUCCUCUGCAUCACUUUCUGCUGAACUUCCCCUUCUGCCCCUGUUUUGUAGCUGCGUCGCCGCUGCCUAAAGUACUCCCCCCAACCGCCGCCCCCAGCUUCCCUUUUGCCGCUGUGGCAUUUCCCUUAGGUUUCUUUUCGGAUGGUGAAGGAUUAAAAUUCGAAUGACAGUGUGAAUUAUUUAUCUGUAAUGGAUGUAAAGGCUCUGGCGAAGUCUAAAAGAGCUCAUACUCAACACCAUAGCAGAAGGCCGCACAUCCCUAAUACGAAUCAGAAACCAAAAGCCUCGUCUGAGGGUACAAACAGUGCUACAAGUGCAAAGAAGCCAUUGGGAAAGCAAGUUGGAGAGAAAACCCCUCCUAAGUAUCCGGGUGUCUCUAAACUUCCCUCAAAUUGGGACCGCUACGAGGAAGAACUUGAUCCAUCAGCCAGUGAUGGAAAAAGUCAACCUUCUGAUGUAAUUUUGCCAAAGAGUAAAGGAGCAGACUACGGUCACCUGCUUGCGGAGGCUCAGGCUCAGGCCCAGCAAAGUUUAUAUGUGGAUGGCUUUCCUUCUCUAGAUGAUGUAAUGCCUGGAGAGUUCAACCAAGGACUAGGCGCUAUGCUGUCAGUUAGGGGAGAGGGCAUUCUUUCAUGGAUUGGAGAUAAUAAUUUUGUUGUAGAGGACGAGACAGUUGCAACUCAUGAGGCAUCAUUUCUCUCCCUUAAUUUGCAUGCUCUUGCUGCGAAACUUGAAAAUAUCGACUUAUCACAGAGGCUCUUCAUUGAAGAAGAUCUAUUACCGCCAGAACUGUGCUCAGUGGGAGUAAAGACUAGCAGCUCUCAGGAAUCUAACCAGAUAGAGACAUGCUAUACUGAACCAGCAACGGCAAUAUCUGAAGAAGUUUUGGAUAAGGUAAAGAUUGCAGGUCAAAAUACUCAGCAUACAUUGUCCACCACCUCUGGAAGCAGCAAGGCGGAUCAAAGGUUGUCUAGCCAAGGGUUAGUUUCAGUGAAUGUCAUAAAUGCUAGUCAAAAUAAAAAACCACAGUCAACAGAACAAUUCGAUGCGAACUCUGUUUGGGAACCACAAACAAAACUCUCGUCAUUUGAGGCAGCAGCGGCAGAAGAGGAAUUGGAUAUGCUUCUAGAUUCUUUUAGUGAGACCAAGAAGAUCUUCAAUCCCUCUGGCUUCAGGUCCAAUGAUUCCUCACCUAUUUUACAACAAGAAGGUUCAAUGGCUCCAUCCCCACUUUCAAAACCUGGCCGAGAUUCAUCUAAACCUUCACCAUUUAUUGCUACUCUAGAUGAUUCUCUUGAUGACUUGCUUGAGGAGACAUCCAAUGUGAUGAGCCAAAAUGUCUUACCUCAGUUGCUGGAAGGGAAAGCCGAUCUAGAUGCUGUCCAAUCUUCUUCCUCUCAUUCUGGAACCAAGUCCAAAGUGUUAGAUGAAUUUGAUUCGUGGUUAGAUACAAUUUGAUUGUUUGUACGCUAAAAAUUCUAACUCCUACUAAAUUUCGGUACGAUGUUAGUUCUGCCGCCCUUUACAAUUAAAACGCUUUGCAGGGUCAAUUACACAGGUUCAAUAUGAUGAGAAACAGUUCUUUACCUACAUAUUUGAUUGCACUUUUAUGAUGGUUCUGGAUGCUUGGUGAUUUGAUUAGGAUUAAUGCUGGUUGUAAAAUUUGUUCUUCCGUUAUAAAAAAAAAUCAUGCAUGCAAGCUGCUUUUUUGUAAAUCAUCAGAACAUGAAAGUAAACGCAGGACAGCAGAUCAUACUGAUCAAAGCAGAAGCAUUGUUCAUCGCACAUUUAUAAACAGCCCACUGCUAUAUAUGUCCCUUAACCUUUCGACCUUCCAGCUACCAAAUGACAUAAUCAAUCAAUUAUCUAUUUAUCUUUAUGAUUUGUUAGAUAUUCAGAUUCUAUCGCUUGGAAUUCUUCUGAAGUUUAGAGAAGACCAUAAUCACGACCAUAUUCUAUCGCUUGGAAUUCUUCCAAAUGACGUAACAAUGCUAACUCAUGCAAAGUUCCUUUGAUAUAGAUCAAAAUAUUCGGCCUACAGCUCAGAAGUUGCUGGCGGGUGAGAUGGGAUUUCCACUCUUUUUCAUUAACCCUCGAAGAAAAACUUAAUAAACUAAAAGGAUUAGGUGGCCAGGUAUGAUAUACGUUUCCCCCAUUUUGAUGCAAAGAAGAAUCUUUUGACCAACAAAAGAAUGAAUUCAUAGGUAACAACAACUGGAAACAGCCAUGCAUUUCCAAUUAAAUGGGGAAAUCAAAAACAAUAGAAGCUCUUGAAAACUAAAGAAAACAAGAAGAAGAAAAAAGGACAGCAUUACGUUCCCAUUCUAGAACAGAAAAAAAAAAAAAAUACUGCAUUUCAGUUAGUACAUCUUCAAAAGGAGGAAACGAAACAAAACAAAAACUGAAAACCUGUGAGUAAAAAAAAAAAAAAAA